AUGGGCUCCCUGGCCCAAGGAGCUGAUAUCAGUCAGAAACGGUGGAACGUCCUGGUGACAGGCUUCGGUGUGCGUAAAACGCCUGACGCAGGUCGUCUCGAUGCGCUUUCUCACACUGUUAGCCCUUCCUUGACAACUCGGUCAAUCCUUCGUAUCUCAUUGCAGCCAGUCUUCCAUCUACGCAUACCCUGCCAGAUCUUCCGUCCAUACAUAUACAUUCCCAUCCGCACCCCGUGGAUGUAUGCUAUGAUACAGUCCGUGAACUCAUUCCAAAACUUCUAUUUGCCCCUAGCAUUGCCACGACUCGAAGUCGCUCUGCGAAUCACAUUUCGAUCUCAGCCUCCAGCUCUGGCACGGGCACCAGGCCGAAAAUACUUUUCUAUUGAGAGUUGCGCGAACAGGGAUGGCUAUGUCAAAAAAGACAUCUAUGGAAAGACUCUUGAAGGUGAUACAUAUUGGCACGAUGCUUAUGAUGCACCGCCUACCUUGCACCCAUCGUUCGAUAUUCAAGACCUUUGGACUAGAUGGACGCAAAGUCUGCCGAACGAAGGCUUGAAUCUACGCAUGAGCGACGUCGCCGGAAGAUAUCUCUGCGAAUUCAUCUUUUACGCGGCGAUGCUAGAAUACUGGCGCAGAUCUCCAACAGGGGACAACCGACAUUGCAUGUUUAUGCACGUUCCACCAGGUGUUCAUGAGGACGAAAUCGAAAGAGGGAGGACUAUUGUACUAGCCCUCAUUGUAGCCAUGGUCCAGGGCGCGAGCUCGAGGCAAGAAACGCACGAUGCACAAGUGGACGACCCCCGUAGCUAUGGGAGAUCGAGGGUCGCUCCCAGGCUUGAAAGGCCGCGCAGAAUUGCCUCUGAGAAAUACACGUUAGACGAGCUCCAGUAUGAGUAG